AUGGAGAAGCCUCUGGGCUCCCCGCCGCCUAUGGAGAAGACCAUUGGUGCCUCGAAUUCAGGAAUGGACAAGGCCUUCGUUUUCAUUGCACAAAACCGAGAGGCCGAGCCCGAGGCCUCCAAUGUCGACCUGAAAGCGUUGCGACGACGAGUCGACAUGCACAUCGUCCCAAUCAUGUUCAUGUGUUUUGUCGCGCAGUUUCUUGACAAGGUGCUGCUCAACUAUGCUGCUGUCAUGAGUCUAAACCACGACCUUGGGCUCAAGGGCAACGACUUUGCCAAUGCCAACACCUUUACCUACGUUGCUCUGCUCGUAGCUGAGGUUCCCACUGGACUUGUCCUCAGCAAAGUCUCUGCCACCAAGUGGCUGUCGGCCAAUGUAUUCCUGUGGGGCAUCGCGACUGCUGCCGUAGCAGGAGUACACGAUUACCACACUCUCUUGGUCGCGAGAAUCUUCCUCGGUAUCUUCGAAGCUGCCGUUGGGCCUUGCUUGAUCCUCAUUAGCAGUCAAUGGUACUCGAGGCAGGAGCAGCCCCUGCGGUUCAGCAUCUGGUACUGCGGCGUAGGAGUUGGUCAGAUCAUCGGCGCACUCACUUCCUUCGGCUUCCAGUUCGUUAGAAACAACACGGUUUCCAUAGCAAAUUGGCGGAUCAUGUUUAUCGCCCUGGGACUGUGCACUGUCAUUGUCGGCGUUGCGACCUACAUCUUCUUGCCAGAGAACCCAAUGACGGCCAAGUGGAUCUCGAAGUCGGAGAAGGUCGCUCUUCUGGAGCAUGUGGCAGGCAACAAGACCGGUGUGGUCAAUCACCAGUUCAAAGCAUCGCAAGUGCUUGAGGUCUUCCUUGACCCACAAGUGUACUUACUCUUCGUUAUGGAGGUUGCGCUUGUUGUCAAUGCUGGCGUCGGCACCAGCUUUUCCGCAACGCUGCUCAGGAACAUCGGCUACAGCUCAAAGCAGUCUACCAUCCUUAACGUCCCCUCCGGCUGCAUCACCAUCGCCGCCGUUCUCCUCGCAGGCAUCGGAGCCCGCUUCAUCAAGCAGCGCUGGCUCUUCAUCUGCAUCGCAGCCAUCCCGUCUGCCCUAGCUGGGGCUCUCAUGUCUUUCGUCCGCACCAAGUCCGGUGUCCUUGCAGGCGUCCUGCUGAUCCAGUUCAACGUCGCCGUGACACCUAUCAUGUACAGCUGGGUGGCCGCAAAUAUUGCUGGCAACACGAAGCGGCCCAUCGUCACAGCUCUCGCCGCCUGUGCUUUUAAUCUUGGCAAUGUCAUCGGGCCUCAGACUUUCCAGGCUCGCGAUGCGCCGCAGUAUAUCCCCGCCAAGAUCACCAUCAUGGCCACCGUCUGCUCCGGUGCCCUUGUCUCCGUCGUCCUCAUGCUUUAUUACAGGUGGGAGAAUGCAAGGCGUGACAGGGAAUACGGCGCGAACGGCGUGAACGGCGAAAGGAACGAGGCCGAGGCCCGUGAGAAUUGGGAGGAUAUGACGGACCGGGAAAAUACCACGUUCAGAUACGUCUUGUAG